AUGUCCAAGGACGAGGUCAAGAAGGAUAAGAAGUCCAAGAGGAAGUCCGAGGUGGUCGCCAUGGACGUCGACGGCGACGUCUCGGUCGCCACGGCCGUCGUCGCCGCGUCGCCCGAGAAGAAGGACAAGAAGGAAAAGAAGGACAAGAAGGACAAGAAAAAGGACGAGGCGGCCAAGGACGACGAGGGCGGCGACGCCAAGAAGGAAAAGAAGGAAAAGAAGGAGAGGGAGGUCGACGAGGUGCCCGCAGAGGCCAUCAGCGCGAUUGCGAGACCGCUGGCGACCAAGGACCUGUCGAAGCAGGUGUACAAGACGAUCAAGAAGGCGACCAAGUCGCGCGGCCACGUCAAGCGCGGCGUCAAGGAGGUGGUCAAGGCGCUGCGCAAAAACGAAAAGGGCCUCGUCGUCCUCGCCGGCGACAUUUCGCCCAUCGACGUCCUGUCGCACAUCCCCGUGCUGUGCGAGGACACGUCGAACCCGUACAUUUUUGUCACGUCCAAGGACGCCCUCGGCGCCGCCGGCGCCACCAAGCGGCCCACGUCGUGCGUCAUGAUUGUCCCCGGCGGCGGCAAAAAGGCCGCCGCAAAGGGCAAGGAGGCCACCAAGCAGAAGGAGGAGUACCAGCCCGAGUACGAGAAGCUGCACAAGGAGAUCCAGGCGCUCAGCGAUAGCGUGGCAAUGGCCUAG